GAGAACUCUAUGAAAUGUAUGUAGUAGUUAGUAAAAAAGUUACACACACACGAACAAGAAACCUUGGACCUCCUUCUUCCUACUCCUACACUUCCACCUCCUACACUGUAUAUCGCUACUAUCGACCAAUGCCGUAAAGCCCAAUGCAAUCUCCUUCCCAGAGAGAUUUAUACGGAGUACAGACCAAUCGAACCGAUCUUCUACACGUGACAGAUCUGGCGGUUGAAGCGGCCUGAGCGCGAUCCAGACGCGAUAGCCGAAACCUUAGAUAUCUCAACCACCACCUCUUCCGAGCUGCCAAUUUCCCUGGGCACAAGUCGAUUCUUGACAAAGCUAUAUUAUAAGGGAACCAUGGAAGGGAACGACCCAGAAAAAUACGAAGAGCUGCAUGUUCAUAAUGUUUACCAAGAAAUUGCAGACCAUUUCUCCUCCACACGAUACAAGCCUUGGCCGAUUGUCGAGCGGUUUUUAAAAGAACGCCCGCCAGGCUCAAUCGGCCUCGAUAUCGGCUGCGGGAAUGGCAAAUAUUUACCCGUCAAUUCCGACGUUUUCAUUGUUGCAUCAGACCGAUCCGAAGCCUUGGCACGGAUUGCCAGCAUGCAUUAUCCACACUCUUCGAUUGUCGCUGACAAUCUGAAUUUACCACAUCCGAAUGGGUUCUUCGACUUUGCCAUUUCCAUUGCAGUGGUACAUCACCUGUCAACGCCUGAGCGCAGAGUUAAAGCUAUUCAGUGUAUUCUGCAGACCCUCAAACCACCUCGAAGUGGGUAUGAAGGUGGCAAAGCUUUAAUCUACGUCUGGGCACUGGAACAGAAGAACAGCAGAAGGGGAUGGGAUGCUGGAGAUGACCAGGAUGUCAUGGUACCCUGGGUGAGAAAAGAAAAAAAAAGCGGGGACGACAAAUCCGAGGCUUCGACCAAGACCUUUCAUCGCUACUAUCAUUUGUACGAAUCGCAGGAGCUAGAACGAGAUAUCGCUGCUGCCGGUGGUCAAGUCUUGGAUCACGGAUAUGAAAAGGACAACUGGUGGGCUGUUGCAAACUUAAAACCAGUGGAUUGAAUUCAAACAAUAUAAGUCGCUACCGCUAUAUAAAGCAUCCAGUCUCGAGUUGGAGCGCAAUUGAACAUAUUGGGGGAGAUAAUAAAAAUUAAAUGGGAUAUUUAACGAAGAGUCAAAAAACUGAAAGCAACAAGCGAUAGGAAGGGAGUGGGAAGGAGAAGAAAGGAAUAAGAAGAGGGGAAACGACGAAUGAAAUAAACAGUGAGUUUGAGAGGGGGUGGAAAGAGAAAAUGGCUAAGCACGACUAAAUCAACGUAUGCAAAACCCGAAAUGUGAUUUGGAAUACUAGGGAGAAAGAAGAAGAACGAAAAAGAAAAAUACGAACCAAAACGGAGAAAAACAUACAAAACCUCGGUCUAUCCGCCGCCCAACCCACGCUAUGCAAUCAUGUCCUGACAUAACCUAUCUUAUCAACUACUUCGAAAGAAAGACAUUUCAUUUCCUAGAACGAGUGUUCGCACUUGGGCGUGUUCCAUGAUGGCCAACCUUUUGCUCGGAGGGCGAUUUCGGAGAUUUCACCUUCGAAUGAAGAUCACGCGGCUUGCCUGAUGCGUAUGCAGGUACGCCAGCAGUCAACUCGGCAACAGAAGGAAGCUGUUGGCCCGAACCUCGCACUGCGGAAUCUCGUUUCGGUCUCGACGCUGCUGUGUUGAUUCUGCGCAGCUUUGGCGGUGGCUGCUCCGUUGUUGGAUGCCUGAGUAGAAACGGCAAUACACCGGCUCGUCUCGCCAUCUCGUGCUCUCCUAGCUGCCAGUGCAUCGCUUCGGCUGCUCUCCACGGAAUACCCAUUUCGAAUGCUAUUUUGGACCACAUGUCUGCUUUGAAUCUGCAUGUGGUUAUGAGGUCUGAGUCAACAACUGCUCUCGUAUUUACAUGUACGCGUUACUCUUUUAUAAGGGGAGCUUACCUUUCGUAUAGUCUAGCCAGUUUGUUCUUACGGUCCUCAUCCCACUCACUCCGUCGCUCGAGAUAAUUUUGGUAGUGGAGUCGGCAGCUAAGGGCGCUUCGUCCGGGCAGCAUUUUGCUGAUGUCCUCCCACUUUAACCCGUUGCCUCGAAGCUCUGUGAUCAGAGCAUCUUCCUGGGGUGACCAUUUCGAUUGCUUUUUGGCCGGAAUUUCAAAAGACGGGGCAGGCUGGAGACGUUUUCCUGGUCUUGAGGAUAAUGGGACCUGAGGAUCAGGUAAAGACUUCACGUCUGCCUCUGCGAUUACACGGUCCGAUUUCACGUUCCUGGCAUUUGUAUCCUUCUUUUCCGCCUCCUCAUCGUAAGACUGCAAAAGCGACGCGAUAUCCACCUUUUCUGCGGGAGUUUGUUGACGGAUAUGCAAGAUGUCCAUGUGCUCUCACCCUAGUUGGUCUAAGCCGGAUUUACCAAUUCCUCCGUGACCCGCGAGAGAAAACUAUACUUGCCACUCGAUCCAGCCACGGUGUCUGUUUGGCGGCAGGAGGAAGGGGAGACGUAGAAGACAACCCCAAAAGAUGAUCGAUAGGAAUCGAAAACCAGUUCCCUGAAGGGAAGGAAAAUGGAAUGGGUCAGAUAUUCCAGAAUCUGGUUCCUAAGAUGGUGAACAGCACGCGAGCAAGAAUAAAUAUAUCGGCGAAGUUUGAUUUAAACCUGAUGAAGUCGAUCAUCCGCCACCGCUCCUACGCCAUGUGGGUGCGACAGCAAUAGGGCGGAAACCAGGCUAGAUGAACGGUCAAAGGAAAGGGCCCAGGUCAAGGAAAGGAAAAGCUUCCUCUGUCCCAAUGUGGUACAGUACCGCUCUGAUCUAGAAAGGGUGGGAAGCUCCCUGACAAGAAAUAAUAAAAAAUAAGGGCGAGGGAAAGAGAGUCGGUCUAACUAGUGCUGCCUUAUUUUCCGCUUUGGGGGUCCUCGACCAAUGGUUGGGAAAGCUGGGAUGUUACAAGAUCACUGGCUACCGUCGUCCUUCGCUCCACGAACGAACUUGCAGGCGUCAGUUUCCACCUGUUGUUGCGUGCCUUAUAGUUGAGUCACGAGUGGCAAGGGGAUAAUAGCGGGAGAAAACAAGCAGGCAACAAAAGACAGGGCAAGUGAACAUGUUCCUGUUGUUGGUGGAUAUGUCAAGGAGGAACUGAAAGAAAGAAGGACGAGCGGGAUCAAGCCAGGGUUAAAGACAUCAAUCAACUAUCAGCAUCUUGUUAAAGCUGGGGCUUUCCGAAGCAGCUAAAUAUACGACAUAUUAUGAUUAUUAUUUUUUUUUUCUUGAAUUUUUCAAUUAUUAUUUUUUCUAAGGAAAGGAAAUUUUUAAGUCAUUUCACAUGUAAAUUUUACUUUUUUUUCUCCCUAUCUUGCUUUUCGGUUGGUCCAUCUUUCGUACCUGGACCAAAGUUCCUUGCACAUCAUUGCAAGCUCGAAACCCAAGUCCGAGUCUACUCGCCUUCGUUACGCUUAACCUUUUGCUGCCACACGCGAUGAGCAGUGAGAAAAAGACCCGGAAGAAUGCAAAAAUAAAUAAUAAAUAAAAAAAGUGGAAGUAUUAAAAAUUUAAGAAAUAAAAAUUAUAAAACUGGCUUGUUUUAUUCCGGGGUGACACGUACGUUCGUCUCAUGUCUGCUGAACAUAAUGCAGCUGCUGAACUUUUCUUUCUU